AUGACUGUCCUACCGUUCUUGGAUAUCAAAGCAACACCAGUACAAUCAUUAGACACAGCUUUGUCAUCGCGCCAAAGUGCACCUGAGACAGCACUACCACCUUGUAGUUCUACUCGAUUAACUUCAUCGAAGCGCGUUUCUAUUACUCCUAUACGGAUUCAAACACCAAAAAUCAAGAUUUUACCACGAUCUGAUACAACUCUAAGACACUUACCAGUUCCGAAAUCUGCUGCUGUCCAAGCUCAUAAUGGAAUAUGGAAACCAUUAAUACGCGAACCAGCUGAUUAUGAUUACCUCUGGGAACCUUUACAACGUGAAGACAUUCGUCACCAAUACGAUCAGUAUGUUCCUCCGCAACGCUUAACUACCAGCCGACCGGAUGAACCUUAUCGAAUGUCAUCGAGAUUUGAAACACAAGAUCGGCAUUUUCACAACUAUCGACGUACUCAAGCCAUGCAACAGAAACAAUGGAACAAAGAUCACAUUCAAUACACGAUUUAUCCUUAUUCUCAAAUUGCUGAACGUGAAUCCUAUAAUAAAUACAUGCGAACGUCAUUGAAAGAACAAAUUAAAGAAAAAAUUCAAUUCGAUAAGACAGAACGAGGAAGAAAGAAUCUUGAAUGUCAAUCAAUUAUUGAAAAAGAUCGACAAGACUUAGAACAAUACAAGCAAAAACAACAACAACGAGCGAAAUAUUUAUUAGAAUUUACCACCAAAAAUAAAGAAUUAAUGGAAAAUAAAUGGGCACAUGAUCGAUGGAAUCGUGUCCAUCAAUGGCAUGUCGAACGAGUCAUCCUAGCCGACGAUCCUAUCAAUUGGAGUAAAACUUUAACCUAA